AAAUUCUUAAGAGAUGCUUUACUAGUUUGUACUAUAAAUUCAAGUACAAGUAUGUUUGCAGGCUUUGUAAUUUUUUCUGUUGUUGGAUUUAUGGCACAUGAACAAGAACGUUCCGUAUCAGAAGUAGCGGCAUCUGGUCCAGGUUUAGCAUUUUUAGUGUAUCCAUCGGCAGUUUUGCAACUUCCGGGAUCAGCUCUUUGGUCAUGUUUGUUCUUCUUUAUGUUGUUACUUAUCGGCCUUGAUUCUCAAUUCUGUACUAUGGAAGGCUUUAUAACAGCUAUAAUUGACGAAUGGCCUCAAUUCCUGCGAAAGCGUAAGGAACUAUUUAUUGCAAUAGUGUGCACAUUAAGCUACUGCUUGGGUAUUUCUUGCAUAUCACAGGGUGGAAUGUAUGUUUUUCAAUUACUGGAUUCAUAUGCUGUUAGUGGCUUCUGUUUGCUUUGGUUAAUAUUCUUUGAGUGUAUAUCCAUUUCCUGGUGCUAUGGUGUCGAUCGCUUUUACGAUGGCAUUAAAGAUAUGAUCGGAUAUUAUCCAAUCAUCUGGUGGAAAUUUUGUUGGUGUGUUACGACCCCUUUAAUAUGCGCGCUUUUUGUAGAACGAGUUAAUGCCGAUGGCACAACUUCCAUAAAAACUGUACUUGCAUUAGGUGUAUUCUCAACAUCAAGAGCUGAAAGUUUAUUCUGCAUUAAAUGCGACAAUGUUCUGUAA